GGCGGGAGGUCACCGCGCAGGCGCAGAGGCACGUGUCGUGGCGGCGCGCAGUGCGCGGGACGUGGGGGUACCUGGCCGGUGGGUGCGCGCGGCGCGGGCGUCAUGUCCGACAACGAGGACAACUUCGAUGGAGACGACUUUGAUGAUGUGGAGGAGGACGAGGGCCUCGAUGACCUGGAGAAUGCCGAGGAGGAGGGCCAGGAGAACGUGGAGAUCCUCCCAUCCGGCGAGCGCCCUCAGGCCAACCAGAAGCGCAUCACCACGCCUUAUAUGACCAAGUACGAGCGUGCCCGCGUGCUGGGCACCCGCGCCCUGCAGAUUGCGAUGUGUGCCCCCGUGAUGGUGGAGCUGGAGGGGGAGACCGACCCUUUGCUCAUCGCCAUGAAGGAGCUCAAGGCCCGCAAGAUUCCCAUCAUCAUCCGCCGCUACCUGCCGGACGGGAGCUACGAAGACUGGGGCGUGGAUGAACUCAUCAUUACUGACUGAUCCCUGAUCCCUGAGCACAAUAAACUGCUCCCCCCC